ACAAUUCCAGCGGUGGUGGCGGCGAUAUUUUGCAAAAAUCCGUUUCGACUACUUCAACAAAAGUGCCACAAAGUGUAUUUGGCUUGCGGGUCUUGCCAUGCGUGGGCGCUGCAGAACAACAGAGGGACAUGCAACCGGCACAAACAAUACAGCAACAGCAGUCAUUACUACAUAACAAUAUAACCAGCCGAUUGCACGGCUGCAACAAUAAUGGCCACCACACGGACAAUAGAAGUGCGACAUCUUUGUUUGCCGAUUACCAACAGCAGCCGCCAUCGCAGCAACCGAAUCGCUUUACUACUGCGCGCCAAUUUGCCACAACAACAAAUAAUAGCCAUCAUCAGCUUCAUGUGCAACAACAAGAGCCACAUGUGUUGCAACAAAGGCCACCACCACUGCAAGCACAACAUAAACAGGAAUAUCUGAUGGUGGAUCGACGGAAAUCCAAUUCAUCGCCAAGUCAGCGCUUUAUAGAGUCGGCUUUAAGGAGAUCAAAUGAAACGAAAAACCUCGAAAGCAAAAAGCGAGUAGUUAAAAUGCUUUUCGUGCUGGUGCUGGAGUUUUUCAUCUGCUGGACGCCGCUUUAUGUGAUCAAUACCGUAGCCAUGUUCAUUGGACCGGCCAUUUACGAAUACAUCGACUACACAUCCAUUUGUUUUUUCCAGCUGCUCGCCUAUUCCUCCAGCUGUUGCAAUCCCAUUACAUAUUGCUUCAUGAAUGCCAGCUUUCGACGCGCAUUUCUCGACACUUUCAAAGGACUGCAUUUGCGGAGUAGCAGCAACAACAACAGCAAUAAUGAUGGCGCGAGCAGAACGGGCAUUGAAAGUUGGCGUAUAAGACGGAAUGGCGAUGGUGGUGCCGGUGGUGGCGGUGAUGGCAGUAGACGUAGCACCAAUUUGCCGGCGCUUGUGACAAACGACGCGAUAUCGCUUACUAAUAAUGCAAUCAUGGUACUCAACGACGCAUCAGUGCAGGAGUUUGCAACUCCGCCACAACGCAACUAAAUGCUAUAAACGCACACAUGGGAAUUGGCAAAAGGAGGCACAGUCCAGGGUGUGGAGAGAAGUUUUUUUUUCCGGUACGGCAUUUCGGUGGACUCGCACGGAAAGGGACUGCAUACAAGCAAAAGCAAUAUACUCUUAGCAAGUGUACAUCGCCAGCGUAAUUGGUUGGUCCUUUCAAUUUGGGAUAUCGAAAUUUGAAUUGCGAUGACACUUCACCAAUUUGUUGGGUGGCCAGCAUAUGGCAGCACACGUUUACAAAUGUGGCGUAAAUAUGUAUCUAUAAAAGUAAUUGUAUUUAUAUAGCUAUGUGUAGAUUGUAUAUAAGUGUCAGUAGUUAUUUUUA